GCUCACGGUGGAAAGUUGACUCUCUCUCUCGCUCCGACAGCGUCGCGUUGUUUCCUGCGCCUCUGUGCCCCCAACAUGUGUCUCCUCCUGCGGAUAUGAGCUCCGGGAGGAGAGUACCCGUCGGCUCUGCUGCUGCUCGUGUCCGCGUUCAGAUCUCCUUCAACCGGGGAAACCCUGCCGCGCGAGACUGAGCGCCUUGUAUUGUUUUUAACGAACCACCUUUCUUCUUCUUCUUCACCUUUAAUUGAUCAGUUUCCUGCCGCGUCAUUUAUGGACUACAAAAGCUCCGAGUGAGAGUGUCGGUCAUUUCCUUUGUGAAGAUGGAGACGGUGAUGGAGAGGGAGUGCAGCGCGCUGGGGGGGCUUUUCCAGACUGUCAUCGGAGACAUGAAGGGCAGUUAUCCUGUUUGGGAUGACUUCAUCAGCAAGGCCAGCAAGCUGCAGUCCCAGCUCAGGUCCACUGUUGUUGCAGUUGCAGCCUUCCUGGAUGCCUUUCAGAAGGUGGCGGACCUCGCAACCAACAGCAGAGGAGGAACCAGAGACAUCGGCUCGGCCCUCACCAGGAUGUGCAUGAGGCACCGCAGCAUCGAGACCAAGCUCCGCCAGUUCUCCAUGGUGUUUUUGGACUGUCUGAUUAACCCCCUCCAGGAGCAGAUGGAGGAGUGGAAGAGAGUGGCCAACACUCUGGACAAGGACCACGCCAAAGAGUAUAAGAAGGCUCGUCAGGAGAUCAAGAAGAGAUCCUCGGACACUCUGAAGCUGCAGAAAAAAGCAAAGAAAGGUUUGAAACGUGACAUUUGAUCUGAACAGUCUCUGUGGCUCCGUUGCGCAACAACACAACACAAUCAAAUCUUAACGAGGGCGUCAACGUUUAUAAUUCCUCCCUGAGUAAGAUGUAUAACUACACUCUGAGUUUAAAGGAAUGUUCUGAGGGUAGUGGGCGAUAAUGAAAGGCGUCGUGGUUUCUUUAAUGGGAUGAUUAAGUGGCGUGAAAGAACAUAAUGACGACUGUAUGAAGAUAUGUGAACAGUUCAAAGUUCAUCUUGUGUUUUUUUUCUCCCCCUCUGCUCAUGGCGUCCCAUCAUGCACUGCU